UCUUCUGCCCCUCCGUCUCCCCUCCUUCGUCUGUCAACCUGUCUUCUCCAUCCUCCACCAAGCAGGGAAAAAGGCCGGCGGCGCCGGUUCGUCCUGACGCUGACGUAAGCGCCCGUUUUCUUGCCCUCCGAGGCUUAUUUUCGCUUUCAUUUCCUUUUUGGGCUUACAUGGACACGGUCAGGUCCCAUUAUGGGGAGCUACCCUUUUCGGGCAAGAGUAAACAGAAGGUUCCUGGAGGCAGACGGCCAGAUGCAGAGACAAGAGAGACACUUGUGGUUGGAGCAGGUUUGAGGCAGAGGGGGGAGAUGAGAGAGAUGAGGAAGAAGAAAAAGAGAGGCGGUGUGUGCUUAGCUUGUAGAGAAGACACGCUUACAGAAAACAGAGCAGAGUAAGGAGAGCCAAGGGAGGAGACGGUAACGCCAGAGAGCAUAUCGGAAACGGACAGUGUCGUCUUAUUGCUUCAGAGAAAAGGACAGUAAGCAAGAAGCAGAAUGGAGAAAUCGAUUGUGACAUCGUUCAUAACAAAGGACGCAGUACAGGGUGGCGGGGAGGCCACGAGAAGCGGCGGGCUGGUGGCGUCGUCGGGGCUGGUGAUGCACAAGAACACCAACGGAAACUUGGAGAUACCGACUGCGAACGGGAACCCGUUCUUGGAGUCGACGAGGUUCCGGCAGGGGACGUUGUACGAGAUCAUCUUUCCGAUUAUCGGGGGGUUUCUUUUUCUGUACGUGCUUGGGGUGGUGGUGAACAAGUACAAGGCAAGCCGGCAGGCGAAGGUGGUGGAGCCGUUCGACAAGGACUACGAGUUCACGGAUUACACGGGGCCGGAGCUGAGGAAGAACAGAGGAGGCCACGGGGAGGACGAGCUGGAGAACCCGUUCAGCGACCGGUACGAGAGCUCGAACAAGUCGUUCACACACAAGAAGAAUCUCAGCUCGGUCGACUUCAUCUCGCAGUACCGCCGGUCCAUGGACCACCUCUCGGGCGUGACCGCGGCGCCUCCGUACAGCAACCACCAUGCGGACGACAGCUUCACCAGCUUGAGUCUGCAGCAGCACCCGGGGCUCCAGCACUCCAAAAGCCAGUCCAUAGGGUCGGUGCUUCAGUUGAACUUCAGCCAACAGCCGCAGCUUGCGCCGCAAUCACAAUCGCAAAACAACAGCAGCGAUCCCGACAACUCUGUCUUCUACAGCAUGCUGGGCACAGAGUCGCCUGCAGCGCCAAACGACAGCACCAAGGCUGAGACAGACAGCAAAGAAAACAACACAGACAAAACCUCCUUCUACUCCAUAGCCGAGCCAACCAAGGCUGCCAAAAACGCAACGGUGAACAUCUCCUACGAAAACGGUACUAGCAGCAACAACCCCAUAAUGCAAAACGCUAGAAACAACGUCUCCGUGGAGAGCCAUUCGAUGUUCGAGGACACCAGCUUUAACAACUCAUACGAUAUACCCGAAUCUGACUACGCUGUUAAGCACGCGGUUGUCAGAAGUCCUUCUCCAAGGCGAAACAAUCACGUUGGAAUGUACGCACAAAGCUCAUCCAGAAGUCCAACGAGAAGUCCGGUGCGGAGUCCUAAUAGAGGUGCAUUCAACAAUGUGUAAAGCAUAUCACCAUUUCGCUUUAUCGUUUUUAUAACUGUUUUUUUUUAUAAAAAUAUGAGUCUUUAUAAUGGUUAUAUGAUAAUUAACACAAGGGUUAGUGAAAUUUUGUAAGUGUAUUUCUACUAGGAUAACAAGAGAAGAAGAAGAAGAAGAAAAGAGGGAAAAGAUGAACAUAAAGUUAAUAGGUAAAAGAGUGGAUAAGUGAGUUCAUGGAAAGAGGAAAGGAGAGUGGGGAUCAGUCGAUAUAUCAUUGGGGCUGGGUAAUCAAGCAAGGACAGCUGGACUAGAAGCGGGACCUCAGUCACAUUAUAGCACAACUACUGGAGCUUCCCGAGUUGUCUGCGACGGGUUGGCCGUUGGCCGAGGCU